AUGGCUGGGGACAUGGUGGUCGGGAUGCUGUACAACUUAUUACUGCCGCUUAGCCUGCUAGCUGCUGCGUCUUUCCGAUACAACGGAUUGUCCGUGGUCUACUUCCUGUUUCUACUCACCUUGCCGCUGAUGCCGAACCCAAGUCUGCUCACGAUGAAGGGCAACACGGGGCAGUUCCUACGUGGGAUCAUCUACACGAGUUUGACAUUUCUCAGCCUGCAGUGCUUCAUGCAGAUCCCCUUUGCCUACAUCACCCCACAGGUUAGCGGCUUCUGGGAGGAUUUCCUCUACCACGUCGGCAUUGUGAGAUUGAGCCGCGUCGACCCGGGCAACAUCGUACGCCUCCUGGCGCCAGACGCGGGCCUUCUCGUCGCCGCUCUCUUCAUACUGAGACUUCUCAGAAAGCUACUUCGAGCGGCACCUCAGGUCAACCUCCACGAGAAUGGGAUCCGGCCCUCUGACUCUGAGGACCCGGAGACCUCCGACGCGGAGUCCGACGGAGGGAGCGAACGCUCCGAGAGCUCGGACGAGAGCACGGCGCCGCUCGAAUCUGUCCCGCCGCAGUUUGUUCAGAAGCUGCUGACGUUUGCGGCCGGCUUGAGGCUGCUGUUAUCCGCUAUGAUGGACACGGCGGGGAAAGCGGUUGUGACUUUCCUGCUGGGACUGGCAGGUAUCGCUCUUCCGUCGCUUACCUCUGGCGUGUACUUUGCGACGUUCCUCGGACUGGCGUGGUGGUGGGCGAUCGGCCGGUCGACGGGCCUGCUCCUUUUCAGCUCGCUGUGUGCGAUGAUGACCGUCUUCAGUGGCGGGCACCUUCUCGUGCUCUACGUCUACCAGCUGCCCGUGUCCCAGCAGCUGGUGCCGCCUGACGAUGUCUACGCAAGGUUGUUUGGAAUGACAGGAGUGAUCCGAACCAACGGUUCUGACCCGUACACGCUCGGUCUGCGGCCCGACGUCGGCUGGCCCGACUUCGUCAACCCUUUUGUUCUGCUGCUGCUUUAUUACACGCUAGUUACGCUGCUGCACAAAUGGGUCCAAAUCACAGACGAGGACAACGGCGAUGGCGAAGAGAGUCGGCCAUCCACUCCAGACGCUGCCCCGAGCUUCUCCGGAGUCGUGUACAUCUCAGGAGAUAAGCAUGAUCUUUUGAGCGGCGCGGAGGAGGAAACAUAUCGACCUAAUCGGGCGAUCGUGUUCACGAGGGGCGGUUCGUGGCAAGGCGUCUACGGAGAGGAUCAAGGAAGCCGGCUCGGGCGUGCCGGCUACACCGACCGUUUGCCUCUCCCGCAGUAUGAAGAAGGCAAACAUUCGCCGUCACGUGAUAGCCAAGCUGAAACGGAGAGGACCGGCCAGUCCUCGGCGAGUCUGACAGAAACCUCUGCUCCCGAUUCAGGCCCGAGCGGUCUGGUCGUCUUCGGAGGACUGGUCCAGAAACACAGCUACGUCAGUGGCCUCAUUAUCAUGAUGGUCUGGAGUAUCACCUACAACAACUGGCUGACCUUUGCCCUGCUGGUUUGGUCCUGCGUCAUCUGGAUGAUGCGAGACAGGCGCCGGUAUGCCAUGAUGUCCGCCCCCUUCCUGGCCGCGUACGGUACAGUUCUCCUGGUUUUGGGCUUCGUCAGCGGAUUGCGCCUGAGCCGGGGCGAGCUGUACCCCGGUCUGCCCCCGGCCGUCAUCGAGGAUUUUGACCUGAACGGGUAUCACCCCGCACCUUGCAUCCACUUGGGAUCGAAGGUUUUCUACAGCUUCGCCUUCUGGUUGAUGUUUCGUCAGCAGCUGAAGGAAAGACGCGAGGAGCAGAGGUUGAAGGCCAGAUCGCUCGAUGAAGUCAAAGUUAUCCAACCCGAGGAAAACCAGCCAUCUCCGGCGGUGGCCAUGCUGAUCUCUGGAGUCAAAAGCGUCCUGGUCAAAUACUGGAUCUUCUUCUGCUGUUCCAUGUUCUUUGUGGUCAGCUUCUCCGGAACGGUGGUCGUCUACAAGAUUCUUUACAUUGUUCUCUUCCUGUCCUUCGUCGUCCUGUACCAGGUUCGCUUCGACUUGUGGCGCCGGUACCUGAAGACGUUCUGGGCGGUGGUGGUCGGCUAUUCGAUGCUGGUGUUGAUCGCCAUCUACCUGUACCAGUUCCGAAGUGUGUCCGCGCUCUUGCGACAGAGCAUGGGCAUGUCCGAGGACGGUCUUCGAGAUCUGGGUUUGGAACGCUACAACACCAUGGAGCUCUUUGCCCGUAUCCUACUUCCUGCGGCGUUCCUAUUGGCUUGUAUUCUGCAGCUGCAUUACUUCAACUGCGACUUCCUGACCCUCAGUGACCUCGACAAUGUUCCCGUCAGGCAAGUUCCCAGAGAAGAAGAACUCAGACGUUCAGUCAACGUGAUUUCUGACAUUAUUAAAGAAAACAUUGACAAGCUCCAGAAAAGACCGGUCUGCGCCAAACCGGGCAUUCCGGCGCAGCAACAGCGCGUCCUCGGAGACGCGGAAAACAUAAGCAGUGGGAAAAGUCAGGAGACUCUUGAUAUUGUUGAAAUGACCUCUGAGAUGACCUCAGAAGGGAGUGAUGAGGAGGAGCAGGAGGAAACGAAGCGGGAAGACAAGUGGGUUGUGAUUGUGAACCGGGCCAGCCUGCUGCUCGUUCAGGCUAUCUUAGGCCUCCAGAAACUGCAGGAGCUGUGCUGGAGACUAAUGGAGCUCCACGGCUUCAAACUCGUGUCUUCUGGCAUCAUCUGGGUGUCCUUGAAAGAGGUUUCUCUCAUGAACCUGCUCUUCCUGGUUCUGUGGGUGCUUGCGAUCCCGUUCCAUCGCUUGCGGCCCACGGCAUCCAGCGUGUCCGCCGUGUGGGCCUGCGUCACGGUGGUGUGCAAGAUGUUUUACCAGCUGGAGGUCAUCAAACCCCUCCGCUACUCCUCCAACUGCACCGCAAAUACGGUCCCAUCCAACUCGUCGGGUCCGGACGUUGGUGUUGGAGCGAGCGUGAUGGAGUUGCUCCAGAGGUCCAUCCUCUACGUCGAGCCUGUGGAUCCGGUCUACUGGUGUGGCGCGCUCCUCAAGUGUGAAGGAAGAAUCCUUCCUUGUCUCAGGAAUCAUCUAAUGGUGUUGGGUCUGCUGGCGUUCGAGGCGACCGUCCGUCGGCACCAGCUGUAUUUCCGUAUCCGUAACGACCUGAAGCCGCCGCCCUUCGGCAUCAUCUUCCACGGGAUCACCAGGCAGCGCCUGGACCACGGCAUCGGGCCCUGCGUGAAGUACUUUGUCAACUUCUUCUUCUACAAAUUUGGCCUAGAGGUGAGUUUCAUUGUGGCAGUCAAUGCGAUCGGUCAAAGGAUGGAUUUCUACGCCUUGCUUCACUCCUGCGCUUUGAUGGCGGUUCUGUCGCGGCGCCGCAGGAAGGCGAUAGGAGAGGUGUGGCCUAAAUACUGCGGCUUCACGGCGGGACUCAUAGUGCUGCAGUACUUACUCUGCAUCGGCAUCCCUCCUGCGCUGUGUGUCGAUUACCCGUGGAGGACUGCACUUCAACCUUUGACGUCAAAUGUCAUCAAAUGGUUUUAUAUGCCUGAUUUUGCCAUGAGUCCCAAUCCCUUAUUCAUAUUCUACGACCACCUGUUGCUGCUGUGCUCCUCCUUGCAGUGGCAAGUGUUUGAGGAGGAGAAUCGGGCAGCGGUGCGACUGCUGGCUGGAGACAACGUGGAGAUCAGCCGCAGUCUCGACCCCGGCUCCUGCGACCGCUUCAUACCCGUGGACAACUUCCUUCACUGCAGGUGUUACCUCGACACGGUGAAGGUGUUUGUGUUCAGCUACUUCUUUUGGCUGGUGCUGUGCCUGAUCUUCAUCACGGGCACCACUCGCAUCAACAUCUUCUGCAUGGGCUACCUGGUGGCCUGCUUCUACUUCAUGUUGUUUGGAAGCAGCGUGCUGAUGCAGCCCGUCAAAUAUAUCCUGCGCUUGUGGGACUGGCUCAUUGGCUACACCUGCUUUGUGAUCGCCAUGAAGAACCUCCUCUCUCUCGGUUCGUGCGCCUACUUGGGCAGCCUGUUGAAGAACGGCUGCUGGUUCAUUCAGGCCUUCAGUAUGUUCUGCACCAUAAAAGGCUACGACGUCCCCGAGCCGGACGACGAGUGUGAGCUGCCCGAGGGCGAGGCCGGCAUCGUGUGGGAUGCCAUCUCUUUCACCGUCCUUUUAGCGCAGAGGAGGGUCUUCCUCAGCUACUACUUCCUCUACGUGGUGGCCGACCUCAAGGCCGCCAAGAUAUUGGCCUCCAGGGGUGCCGAGCUGUUUGAGGCCAAGGUCAAAAAGCAGGUUGCGGCUCGGCUGGAGAUGGAGAAGAAAUCUGUGCAGACCCUGAAGAAACAGAUGGAGAAGAUUAAAUCCAAACAGAGGAGUCGGCCGCCGCCGGCAGACAAAGCGGGGCUUCCGGUUGAUCCCGAAUCAGAGAGACUGGGGGACGAAGAGAAGGCAAAGAGGGAUGCAGGAAAAUGGUGGAAGCCUUGGGUCUCGCGGCCCGGAGUGGAAAACAACUGUGGCUACCACCUGUUUGAGAGUGACAGUGAGGAGGAGGACGAGGAUCCAGAGAAGAAAGAUGAGGAACCCCCAAAGAAGAAAUCUGCUUUUCAGCUGGCUUACAACGCCUGGGUCACGAGCUCCAAAACAGCUUUGAAGGACCUGAGCAGAGAGAAGAGGCGAAUGGAAAAAGAGGAGAAGAAGAGAGCGACGAGAGAGCUUCAGGCACAGCAGAGUUUUGACAGAAUGGACUCAAGCGAGGACGACCUUGACGAAAGCAUAGCGGAAGGGCAAGGGGAAGAAGAUAAAGAAAACGUUCUACAGCGGAUCAUCAACACCCUGAAAUUUGGCAUGGUGUUUUUGCAGUCGCUUCUUGACGACUCGACUCAGGGUCUCAACUCGUUGUGCAAAGACAACCUGGACAUUUCCAAAGUGCUUCUCUUUGAGAGAGCACUACUCGGCCAGCAGCAGAAGAAGGGCAGAGAGGUGAGCCGGCAGAGCGUGAAGCGGUAUUAUGAGAGCCGGUUGUCCCGUCACAACACAUGGUCCUCACAAGAAGACCCACAAGACUCGCUGCCUCCUUCCUCACCGCCACCCGCCCUGCCCUCCUCCCGCCACGCCUACGCCAAACUCAGGAGCCAAGCUUCCAAGCUGUCCUGGGCCAGCAGCCUCUCCAGCUGUACGACGGAGGAGACCGUGCUGGGCUCCCGGCAGCCGACCCAGGAGGAGCUCGAUGAACCUCCGCUCGCGGCGGCGGCUUCCGACCAUCUCGGAAGGAGGCUGCGGAAAUCGGCCCGUGUCGACUGGACCUCCUAUGAAGCCGAUGAGCUCUCACCAAGCUUUGAGGCGAACGCCAUUGAAAAAGAAGAAGCUGUAGGGGAAGGGGAGGAUGAAACGCGGUGUGGAAAAGAGGUGUCAGAUGAAACGGAGCAACGGCAAGAUGAGGGUGUCGAGGGGGAGGAGCCCGACGGCGAAUCCCAGCAAACUGAGGACCCGGAACGCACUUCUCCUGGCUUCAGGGAGGACAUCGCAGAAAUCGGUACGGAUGCCUCUGAUGUUCCACGACCACUAAGUCAGGAAAGUAGGAACCUCACUGCCAGCGAGCUGCUGCUCAACAAAAUGUUUGACGACGACGAGAUCUCAGCGUCCGACAGGUUUUUCCUUACCCUUCCGAGGCCACUGAAGCUGAUCUUUGCCCUCUACAACACCACGGUGUCCAAGUCGGAGAUGCUGUGCUACUUUGUCAUCAUCCUCAACCACAUGGUGUCGGCGUCGCUUCUCAGCCUCGUCCUGCCGAUCCUCAUCUUCAUGUGGGCGAUGCUGUCUGUGCCCCGGCCAAGCAAACGCUUCUGGAUGACCGCCAUCAUCUACACCGAGCUGAACGUGGUGGUGAAGUACUUCUUCCAGUUCGGUUUCUUCCCGUGGACCACUACUGCCUACCGAGGCAUCAAUGCCGAGCGUCCCUUCGCCCUGCCCAACAUUAUUGGCGUUGAGAAGAAGGAUGGCUAUGUGCUUUUUGACCUCAUUCAGCUGCUCGCCCUGUUCUUCCACCGCUCUAUUCUCAAGUGCCACGGGCUGUGGGACAACAAGGAGGUGGAGAUGCCCGAUUUCUUCAAGAAGCUAAAGAAGAAGGUGGACAAGAAGAAAAUGACCGGAGGCGAAAAGGAGAAACAAGCACGCCGACUCAAGUUCCUCCCCCUCCGGUCGUCCACCGCCUCCAUCUUCCGGAAGCUGAAGAAAGGCAACUCUGCAGAAUCCGACGGAGGCAAGCCCAAGAGGGAGAACAAGAGGAACAAGAAGAGACGGCGUCGGCAAAAGGCGCCUCUGACCAGGAAGCAGCGGAUCAGGCAGCUCAUCAGAGAGAGGAUGCUUCAAACUAAAACCGCCAUCAUUGAAGUAGCCCUUCACAUCUACUUACCCAUAAGGCAGUUUUUCUACGACAUCAUCCACCCAGACUACAGUCCCGUGUGCGACGUCUACGCCCUCAUGUUUCUCAUCGACGUCGUCAACUUCAUCGUUACCAUAUAUGGAUACUGGGCCUUUGGGAAAUACUCCGCGGCGGCCGACAUCACCGAGUCCCUGUCUGAGGACCAGGUCCCUGAAGCCUUCCUGGUCAUGUUGCUGAUCCAGUUCGGUACCAUGAUUGUGGACCGGGCCCUCUACCUGAAGAAGUCUCUGCUGGGAAAGUGCGUUUUCCAGGUGGUGUUGGUGUUCGGCAUACACUUCUGGAUGUUCUUCAUCCUACCCGGGGUCACUGAAAGGAGGUUCAACCGCAACCCAGUCGCCCAGCUGUGGUACUUUGUCAAGUGCGUUUACUUUGGCCUUUCUGCGUACCAGAUCAAGUGUGGCUACCCGAAUCGCAUCCUGGGGAACUUCCUCACGAAGAACUUCAACUACCUCAACCUCUUCCUCUUCCAAGGGUUUCGCUUGGUCCCCUUCCUGACAGAGUUAAGGGCCGUGAUGGACUGGGUGUGGACCGACACCACUCUGUCACUGUCCAGCUGGAUCUGCGUGGAAGACAUCUAUGCGAAUGUAUUCAUCCUCAAGUGCUGGAGGGAGUCUGAAAAAAAAUUCCCCCACCGGCCAGGACAGAAGAAGAAGAAGGUGGUGAAAUACGGGAUGGGAGGAUUCCUCAUCUUUGUCCUCAUCGGCAUCAUCUGGUUUCCUCUGCUCUUCAUGUCUCUCGUCCAAUCAGCAGCCGGCGUCACAAAUCAGCCCGUUGACGUCUCCAUCCAGUUGAGCAUCGCUGGAUAUGAGCCUCUGUUCACCAUGAGCGCCCGGGAACAGAACUUGGUUUCCUACUCAGAAGCGGGAUUCGACCGACUCACCAAAGUCUACGCAACCUACCCAUCCGCAAUGCAGUUCAUAAUGAACUACGAGGCUGAAGACAUCGUUGUUGCCAAGAUCAAGAGCGACGCCAGCCUGCUUUGGAGCAUCAGCCCGGCCAGUCGGGAGGCCAUGAUGGAGGAGCUCAGCGACUCCCCUCAUUUGUACGUGACGCUCCGCUGGACACUGCUCAGAAACGCGUCCAUAUCGAUGAACGCCAAGACGGUGGGAGAGCACACGGUGAAGUUUGAGGACGAGGCCUUGAAGGAAGGAAUAGUGCGCAUGCUCAAAGGAGACAGCGGCAAACACGUGAUCAUCAACUCUCUGCUGCCCAAGUUCCUCAGGGGUCCCAAAGGACCGGAGUCCAAAAUGGCAACCAGGAUGAACGUAGGUCCGACUGAGCGUCCAGAGCUCCUGGCUUUCUUCAGGCCCCUGUCCAUCAAACUCCGAAAGGUCAACGGCACUUCGGAGCGGGAGGCGGACCAGUGGUGGACGGUACGGGAGUGCUCCCCGGCCCACGUCUUCUCGCCACACGAGUGCGACAGCAUUGAGAUCGUGGUGUUCAGCGACAAAGUCAGCCCGGCCAGUCUGGGCUUUUUGGCUGGACACGGCAUCGUGGGCCUCUACAUGUCGGUGGUGUUGGUGAUCGGCAAGUUCGUGAGGGAGUUCUUCAACGGCAUCUCGCGCUCCAUCAUGUUCGAGGAGCUGCCGUGCGUGGACCGCGUCCUCAAGCUGUGCACGGACAUCUUCGUGGUGCGCGAGACCGGCGAGAUGGCGCUGGAGGAGACGCUCUUUGAGAAGCUCAUCUUCCUCUACAGAUCCCCCGAGACCAUGAUCAAGAUGACCAGAGAGAAGGACGGCUAG